AUGAGGAGUGACAUUCCCCAAGCAGACCAGGCCACCCCUGCCUCCCCGCACCUGGGCCCGCCUGCCUACCCUCACCCAGGCCGCCCAGCACUGACCGCCCACGUGCCCACGAGGGGCCUUCCCCUUCCAGCCUGGGAAAGCACGGGAGGGCAGAAGGGACCAAGGGCAGCUGCGUCCCCGGUUCUGCUCCACUCCUGCAGGGGCUGCCCCACAGGUGACCUUGUGAAGACACACGAGGCCCAGGAGCAGCACGGGCUGGCUUGCCAGGGGGCUCAGGAGGAAUCCCAACCCUGGGGCCAGCCACCCACUCCUCCAUUCGGGCGGACAAGCUCCUCACGCACCUGGCCACCUGCGCUGGAGGGUCUGAGAAGAGCCCAACUGCCAUCACCGCUGCUUCCGUUCCAGCGCCUGAAGGGCGAGCGAAGCCUGUCACAUCGGCCCCCUGGCCGGGAUGCCCCUUGUCAGAGCAUCCAGACCCGCCACAUGGCAAUGGAGCUGGUCGCCCAACUGCAGCACAGCCGAGCGCCUCACCACCCCUCUGCCCAAGGAGCACGCUCUCCACACCAAGGCUGCACAGUGGAAGAGGCAGGGCGGCUACAGGGUCAAGCCCACUGGCAGAGCCUGGGCCUCUGA